CAGAUGCGAUGCUGCUGCAGACAGGGACGCAUCCUCCUCUUCUCCUCCUUCUCUCCUCCUCCUCCUCAUCUCCUCAUCGCUCCCCCGUGAAGCGGCACCGGAACCAAACUGGAACCGGCGGUCCACCAGCCGGUCCAGUGGAGCGGCGGAACCGAGCGGCAGCCCCCGCCUUGGACCGACGAGCUGGCCGAGAUGUCCCGGCACAUCUACACCCGACAAGGGGCAGGGGACGGGACGCAGAAGCCCGCGUUCCAGGCCAACAGAGGGACCUACUCCAGACGCAGCCGCCUGAAGAGGUCCGACGGCAGCACCACCUCCACCAGCUUCAUCCUCCGACAGGGCUCAGCUGAUUCCUACACCAGCCGACCGUCGGACUCGGAUGCUUCUCUGGAGGAGGAGAAGGAGGCCGGCCGGCAGGAGAAGGAGCAGCAGGCCGCCGUCCAGCUGGAGAGGGCAAAGACCAAAGCGGUGGCGUUCGCCGUGAGGACCAACGUGAGCUACUGUGGCGCUCUGGACGAGGACGUCCCCGUGGGGGGGACGGCUGUCUCCUUCGAGGCCAAAGACUUCCUGCACAUCAAAGAGAAGUACAACAACGACUGGUGGAUCGGGCGGCCGGUGAAGGAAGGCUGCGACGUCGGCUUCAUCCCGAGUCCUCUGAAGCUGGAGAACGUCCGCCUGCAGCAGGAGCACAAGAGGGGACGCUGCCAUGGCAGCAAGUCCAGCGGGAACUCCUCGUCCAGUCUGGCCGACGUGGUGGGCGGCUCCUUCAAGCCCAACCCGAGCGCUGCAGGGAAGCAGAGGCAGAAGGUGGCCGAGCACGUCCCUCCGUACGACGUGGUUCCGUCCAUGAGGCCGCUGGUCCUGGUGGGGCCGUCCCUCAAGGGCUACGAGGUGACGGAUAUGAUGCAGAAGGCUCUGUUUGACUUCCUGAAGCACCGCUUCGACAAGAGGAUCUCCAUCACUCGGGUAACCGCGGACAUAUCAUUGGCCAAGAGGUCGGUACUGAACAACCCGAGUAGGAGGGCCAUCAUUGAGAGAUCCAACACGCGCCCCAGCCUGGCCGAGGUGCAGAGCGAGAUAGAGAGGAUCUUUGAGCUGGCCCGCUCCCUGCAGCUGGUGGUGUUGGACGCCGACACCAUCAACCAUCCCGCCCAGCUCACCAAGACCUCCUUAGCGCCCAUCAUCGUCCACGUCAAAGUGUCCUCGCCAAAGGUCCUGCAGAGGCUGAUCAAAUCAAGAGGGAAGUCUCAAAGCAAGCACUUGAAUGUGCAGCUUGUUGCAGCAGAGAAACUAGCACAGUGCCCUUCUGAGAUGUUUGAUAUCAUUCUGGACGAAAACCAGCUGGAAGACGCCUGUGAACACCUGGCGGAGUACCUAGAGGCGUACUGGCGCUCCACACACACGUCACUUAGCACGCCACUCAACCCCCUGCUGGGACGCAACCUGGGCUCUACAGCUCUCACCCCUGCUGCCAUUCAGGCCCAAAGGAACCGCAACAUCAACCACACAAGCACAGACCUUUCAGUGGAGCGCCACUGCCUGAUCCCCGCCGACGAGAACUACCACAACGAGCGGGCGCACAAGAACCACAACCGCCUGUCCUCGGGCUCGCAGCACAGCCGGGACCACGCGCCGCUGGUCGAGGAGGACUACCAGGACCCCUACCAGGACCCCUACCAGGACCCCUACCAGGACUCCUACAAGCCUCACCGUAACCGGGGGUCCCCGGGCGGCUUCCGCCAGGACUCCUCCCGGCACUGAGCCCCUCGGCCCGGUCCGGUAACCGAAGGCCAUCGACUUGUCGAUGUGUAGUACCUCGUUUCCCAUUCGGCCUUCUGCCAAACGAGCGCUUUCAGCCUGAAGAUGUGGGCCGUAGCACAGGAGAGGAAGGUUCAGGUGAUACCACGUUGGCUCCUCUGGACCUUCUCAGCUCUUACAGUAGCACACAGGUAGGAGAGGACAGUAGCUGCCUCCCUUUUAUCAUGAACUAGAUCAAGACGUAUUAUCUAUAGAUAAAGUUAGAUUUCGAUGCUCCAAACCUCAGGAACGAGAGGUCGUUCGGACCGAGAAGACACCGUCUGAUUGUGAUCGCUGUGUCGAAUCGAGACGCCAUGGUUUGAUUUAAUUGUUUGAAUAAAGCUCUUUAUAUAGGUGUUUGGUAGGACAUCAUUUGAGAUGGGUAGAGCUGGAUUUUAGUGAGUGACUUAUCUUAAAUGCUCGCUCGUGUAAAUACAUUCAGAAUAAACAUGAAAACAAUACAUUUUCUUCUACAUAUUUGAUUAUUAAAAGUUUUAUGAAACAUUCUUUUUGAGUAGCAAUUUAAAUAUCAUAUAUUCUUGUAUCUUGUAAUUUAGUAUGUGUUAAGAAUCUCUUAUUUUCCAGUUCAAGGGUGAGAGAUCAGAUUGUGUUUCGGUGAUUCUGGAAGAAGAAGCAUGCACAAGCUGCUCUGCCAUAUAAUGUAGCUUUUAUUGACUCAAAACUCUGCAGCAACAAUUUAAAGAUGUGAAUACUGCCUGUGAGAGAACGAUGCCUUGAUUAGGCCUCUGUGCACUGUCAUAGUAAUGAAUAGAAUGAAAUAAAGUGCCCUGUUGCUGUAAGGAUAGUACUGGUCUCUGUUCAAAUAA